AUGUCGGAAAGUGGCUGGAACACGAUUGACUCGGACGCGGGUCUAUUUACGGAACUAGUCGAGAAGCUAGGCGUGGAGAAUAUCGAAAUCAACGACUUGUACAGCAUAGAUGCCGAAACGUUGCGAGCCGUGCUGCCCGUCUACGGGAUCGUUUUCCUUUUCAAAUACGGCAACUUGGACCGGACAUACGCCAAGUCCAACCAGCCCAUUACGGGGACGUAUGAUGCCAACUAUCUCGAAAAACAGGUUUUUUUCGCUAAUCAGACUAUCCGGGAUGCAUGCGCGACUCAAGCUGUGCUAAACAUUUUAUUCAAUUUGGACAAUGUCAAUCUUGGUGAAGAGCUCAACAAUUUCCGGAGCUUUGUCGCUGGUUUCGACGCGGAGAUGAUUGGCGAGACCAUCUCCAAUAGCGACGUCAUCCGCUCGGUGCACAACUCGUUCCUGACUCCCAGCAUGCUUGCCAUUGAUAAAAAGCCACCCUCGGACAACCACGAUGAUAAAAACGAUGGCUUGUUUCAUUUUGUCGGGUACAUUGCCAAAAAUGGCGAGCUUUAUGAGUUGGAUGGGUUGAAGCAGUUUCCCAUAAGUCAUGGCUCAUGCAACACCCAAGAGGAGUUUAUCGAGAAGAUCCCACUGGUCAUCCAGGAGCGAAUUGCCAAGUACGAUGCUAGCGAAUUGAGGUUUUCGUUGUUGGCAGUCACCAAUGACAAAUUGGCAGCUGCAAGAAACGCAGGCGAUGCUGUUGAAGUUGAGCUGCAGUUGAUGAAACGACAAAUGUGGCACCGGGAGAACGAGUUGAGAAAGACUGACUAUACGGGGUUGAUUGUGCAGUUAUUGAAGAAUAUCGCGCGAGAGUCCAGCGACGAAGAGUGGGAGGCCUUGUUGCAGAAGGGAAGGAACAGCACCCAGGAAAUGAUGGCUGCCUCGAUAAGAAAACUGUAG